CAAACCCACUCACGAUGGUGCGCACGCCACGGUGAGCUCGGUGGGCUGCUCCUGGCGGAACGUGUCCUGUUUUAAUUUUAACAAUUGUAAACUACUCUUCAUGUGAAUUCGAAGGAAAUAACUCUUGUCACCAAACCUGGAAUUUCUAGACAAUAACAGCUACCGUUAGCGCAUCCAGAGUGUGCCAGGCACAGCUCACGGGGGUCUGCAUCUCACCGGGAACCACAAGGGGACCGAGGCACAGAGAGGCGGAGUCACCUACCCAAGGUCACUCAGCCAGGAAGUAACAGAGCCAAGGUCAAGUCCAGGCAGCUGGCUGCGGAGCCCCAUUCCUGGCCUCGCUGAUAUUCUGGCUUAGACUAAGACUGACCUGGACAGACAGCGGCCUCAGGCCCCAGGACAGACCCCCAUGGCCCUCCUCACACACCUGCUGGUCUGCGUCUUCGGCAUGGGCUCCUGGGUGGCCAUCAACGGGCUCUGGGUGGAGCUGCCGCUGCUGGUGACGGAGCUGCCCGAGGGCUGGUACCUGCCCUCCUACCUCACCGUGGUCAUCCAGCUGGCCAAUGUGGGCCCCCUGCUGGUCACCCUGCUGCACCACUUCCGGCCCGGCUGCCUCUCUGAAGUGCCCGUGGUCUUCGCCGUGCUGGUCGUGGGCACCAUCGCCUGUGUCCUCUUCGCCUUCCUCUGGAACGUGACCUCCUGGGUGCUGGGUGGCGAGCGCAGCGUCGCCUUCAUCGUCCUCACCUUCCUCCUGGCCCUGGUAGACUGCACCUCCUCCGUCUCCUUCCUGCCCUUCAUGAGCCGGCUGCCCACCCACUACCUCACCACCUUCUUCGUGGGGGAAGGGUUCAGCGGCCUCCUGCCUGCACUGGUGGCUCUCGCCCAGGGCUCCGGUGUCACCACCUGCGUCAAUGUCACGGAGACUUCCGACACGACCUCCAGUCCUGUGACUUCCAGGGAGACCCACGUCACUCAGGGAACUGGCAGCACCAUGGCCUGGGCCUCCGCCGGGCAGGCGGGCUCCGUGACCCGGCUGGAGAGCCGCUACCUCCCGGCCUGCUUCUCGCCGCUGCUCUUCUUCCUCCUGCUGGCCUUCAUGAUGGCCUGCUGCCUCCUGGCCUUCUUCCUCCUGCAGCAACGGGCCCGGCGCCGGCAGGGCUCCGUAGAGGACCUCCUCGACUCCCAGGUCACCCUGCACUCCAUUCAGCCACGAGGAGAGAAGGACGCGGGCCCCCUGGGCCCUGCGGACGGCGGCGGGGCCCAGGCCCACCGGGAGGAGAAGCCGGCCGCCCGCCCGGCCCAGCUGGCCUUCAUCUACACGCUGGUGGCCUUCGUCAACGCGCUGACCAACGGCGUGCUGCCCUCCGUGCAGACCUACUCCUGCCUGCCCUACGGGCCCGUGGCCUACCACCUGUCGGCCACCCUCAGCUCCGUGGCCAGCCCUCUCGCCUGCUUCCUCUCCAUAUUCCUGCCCAACAGGUCUCUGCCCUUCCUGGGGGUCCUCACGGUGCUCGGGACCGGCUUCGGGGCCUACAACAUGGCCAUGGCUGCCAUGAGUCCCUGCCCGCUCCUGCAGGGCCACUGGGGUGGGGAAGUCCUCAUCGUGACCUCGUGGGUGCUGUACGCGGCGAGUCUCAGCUACAUCAAGGUGAUGCUGGGUGUGAUCCUGCGCGACCAGAGCCGCAGCGCCCUCUUGUGGUGCGGGGCGGCGGUGCAGCUGGGCUCGCUGCUGGGGGCGCUGCUCAUGUUCCCACUGGUCAACGUGUUGAGGCUCUUUUCCUCCGCUGACUUCUGCAGCCUGGACUGCUCUGCCUAGGCCAUCUGGGGUGGCAGGGACCAUCACAGGGUGCCAACCGUGACCCAUCUCCGACAUCUGCAAACUGGGACUCAGAGAGCCAAAGGGAGUGUCCAGGGUCACCAAACCAGGAGUGGGGAACCGAGAGGCAGAGUCUGAGUGUUUGAGCCAUGAACACAGAGGCCCACCAUGGAAUGCCACAGGUCUCUCCUGAGACCAGGAGGUGCAAGGCAUAGCUCUGCCUCCACCUCUAGUCCAAUGCCUGGGAUCCACCAGUUCCAAACUUCUUUGAGUUUUGAGAGAUCCAAUUUGCAGCAUCCAGCUGGAGACAGGCCUAAGGAUGUUAGAGGGGAAGCAGCCCUUGCAAGCUGUAUGAUCUGCUCUUUCAAGCUGUGUGAUCUUGGGGAAGUCACUUGACUUCUCUGUGCCUCCGUUUCCUCAUCCAUAAAAGGGGAGUUAUGAUAAAGAGCUCUUACCUGGCAUGCUUGGCACAGGGACAAAAGACAGAUGUGCCCAGCAUGUAGCAAGCCCUCCUGAGAAACUUCAUGAUCUGAAACCUCCCAGUAAUGGCAAGAUAGCAAUUGAUACCACCUGGAAGUGGCCCCUGCCCCACCAUCUUCAUCAAGCAGCUUCUUCAAGACCUAUGGGGAGGGACAGAACCCAGAGCAGCCUGGCUUCGCCUUGCCCGGUGUGCCACCCACACACCCUUCCUGUCCCCCCUUCCUGGAUGACGAAGCCCCACCCCUUGGAGAGUAAGCACCCUCCUGGGAAUCAGAGAGAUGAUUUGGAGGGACCCCCUCCCCCAGCCUCUGAAAGUGAACUCCACCUGGCCGCAGACUGGACAGUGAGGAGCUUUAGAAGGAGUGGCAGCCCAAGGGGGACAGGUGAUGUUAUUGUUUUACUUGUUUCCUUUUUUAAUAAAGACAUUCCUUGCUUUUGCACUCAAAUCAGCCAUCAAAGGAGAGAAGUCCAGUGUGAAUCCUCCCCCUAAAAAAAGUGGUCUCAAUAUAAACAGUUUUAAGGCUGCAUUCAGAAAUGAACAGAAUCAGGUGCAGGAAAGGGGUCCGGUCCUGGGAUUUCUUCUCUGUACUGG